AUGGCAGAGAGAAUCGGUCAGAUUGCACGACAACUCAACUACCCCAAGGGCCUCUUAUACGGGCAGGUAGCCAUCAUCACAGGGUCUGGACAGGGAAUUGGUGCCGAGUGCGCCCGACUCUUUGCAAAUGAGGGUGCCAAGGUUGUCGUCACAGAUAUCGAUGCCAAAAAGACUCAGGAGGUAGUAGAUACGAUUCGGGCCAGCGGGGGAAAAGCCAUCGCGGUGGCAGGCGACAUGCUUGAUGACAACCAUAUCAAGGAACUGGUCAAGAAGGCCGCUGAAUUUGGGAAUGGCAAGAUUCAUAUCAUCGUUAACAAUGCCGGCUUUACCUGGGAUGGUGUCAUUCAUAAGAUGACUGAUAAACAAUGGGACACCAUCUUGGCUCUCCAUGCAACAGUACCCUUCAAGUUGGUGCGGGAGGCAGCUCCUUAUUUCCGAGUGAAGGACGGGGAGCCACGGAAUAUCAUCAAUAUCAGCUCGACAUCCGGCCUGCAUGGCAACGCGGGCCAAGCUAACUACGCCCUGGCCAAAGCCGGUGUUGUUGGUCUUACCAAAACUAUUGCAAAGGAAUGGGGCCCUCAAUUUGGUGUGCGCGCCAAUACCAUUGCCUUCGGCCACAUUGCCACCCGGUUGACCGCUGAUAAAGAAGCUGGAGCUUUCAUCGAGGUCGCUGGCGAGAAGGUAGCUCUGGGGAUUCCGUCAAAGCAAAAGAAGGCUCAGCAGGCGAAUGCCGGAGGUGUGAAGUAUGCCGAUAUACCGCUAGGGAGACCAGGUACUGCAACUGAAGCUGCGAGCGCUGUGUUGGCGAUCGCGUCACCCCUGAGCUCGUAUAUCUCGGGACAAACCAUCAGUGUGACGGGAGGAAGGAAUAUCUAA